AUGCUUGCUUCCAAGCCUAUCCAGUACCAUAUCACAGAUCUCACGUUGAAGCAGAGGAGACGCGAAUUAGUCCCGCGUUCCUCAACCCCUGUAGGAGGCAGGGGAAAUCGACUGAGUUGGACGUUGUCUGGCCCAGUGGGUUGCACAAUCUCCAAACCCGCUCUGGCGACGAGUUUGGGACUUAUCAGUGACCGUCUCGAAGAAACCUGGAUUGUAUGA